AUGAGUCCACCACGAUUGAUUCCGAACAUAAUUAAUCUUGAUGAUGAUGAUGAUGAAGAUUUGAUGCAAUUUUCAUCAUCGUCUCCUUUGCAAGACGAUACUAACAUCAUCAUCGCAAAAUAUUUGGAAAAUACAUCAGAUAAGGAAAAUACUUCUGAUAAUGAAUCGACUCGCACCACUCGUACAAGUGAAACGUUGCACUCUUCUUGGGAGAAUGACACACUAUCCGAGUUAUCGAUGAAUUCAAUCUUAACAAAGCAAACAGAAGCAUCCGAUAAUGAAGAUGAAGACCUUGAGGAAGAUGAAAUGGAGACUAAUGGAUCGGAAGAAGAAACUGAAGAAGAAGAAGUAAUUCAGAAAAAGAGAAGGCAUGGGGAAGUUGUGAGUAAAUCUAAAAGGAUCAAGACAGAAGGAGAAACUAAUGAACACCACAUUCCUUCACACCUACUUCUCACCUUAGGCCAAACACUUUUCAUUCCAUAUGCAGGCGAUUCUGUUUUGAUUGGAAACUUAUUAGACUCAAUGGUUGGCUUAUCUGUUGAAGAAAUGCUCGAACAAGAUAUGGUAAAGAUGGUUCUCUCUGUAAUGCAACCAAAGGAAGCUGCUGAGGAAGAAUGGAAUCAAAGAUUGAAUGAGGAUAAAUCAACGCAAUGGACAGCUUUAUUAGAUACCUAUCCAAAAUUGAAAGAAUACAGCAUGUUCAAUUUAAAGUAUGUUCAUGUGAAGGAAUGCCUUGAGAACGAUUUUGAAUUAAGGAACAAAUUUGGAUAUGUAUACACUAUUGAAGAUGAAGAUGACAAUAUUAUUUUGUGGAUUGAAUGUGAAAAUGGAGACAAGUAUGUGGAUAAAGUCAGUCUUAGAUCACAUUUAAAGAAAAAGCGUUUGAGAUCUGACAAACCACAUUACAAAACAAACUGUUCUACAUUUACCCAGCUACUUCUUAAGAGUUUACCAUAUCAAGCUGAAAAGAUAAUAGCAAAUGGUUACAAUGAGGUGGCAUUCAUAAAUGUUGAGGAGGCCACUAAAAGAUAUGGUGCAUUCAUUCUUCAAGACAAAUACAAGUUGGAUUUCAGUAAAUUGGGAUUAAAGGAAUACCAGGUAAAAAAGAAUAGAAGUAAGAAAGCAAGUAAGGAAAAGGAAGAAAAGAAAUCAGUUAGCAAAAAACCAUAA